UUAGAACUUCUGAAAAACUUUUAGAAUACAAAAAAAAGAGAACAAAAAAAUUUGUAAUUUAUUGCGUGCGAAGAUGAAAACAAGCGAGCUCUCCGCUUUGAAAUGCCAAAGAAAUUUUGCUUAACGUAAAGAACUUGUUUAAAGUCUUAUCUGCGACGCGCAAAGGGAGCUCCGCCUCCUCAGCCGUCCCCUCCGCUCCGUUGCUAUCCACGAGUGCCCCCCGUUUGACCAACUGGCUACUACGUCACACAUGCUUCUGCUUAGAGCCGCCAACUCCAAAGGUUCUCCUCUCGGCCGGCUCAGUGAGUUACGAGUUGCGUCCGGGUUCGCCGAACGAGCGAUAACGGGGGCGUCAAUCGAAUCGCGAUUGGGAGAGGAUUCUACCUCGUGCACGCUCUUCCUUCCUUGUCUUUCCCGGCUACAGGCAACAGGUUUGAAUUUAUGGGACAAUAAAGAGUGUGGUGCGUAGUGCGCGUGUCUCUCUCUUCCUUUCACAGUUGUUUCUCUCUCUCUCUUUCCCUCUCUCUCUCUCUCUCUCUCUCUAUUUUACGCUUUUCUUUCCCGCUCUAAAAAAAAGAUCUCCCUUUUCUCUCACGCAGACAUCCUGUCCUUUCGUUGUGAAAAGAGGAGUGAGCAGCGAAGACUAUCAAACUCUCAUAAAACUGUCAGCCGCGGCCACCGGGGCUGACUUAUGUGCGCCCCUUCCUUAGUCGCGGUUGGAGAACCACACGCUCUCCUCAGGUUGGGUUUGUGCCUCUCGCGCGACGAUCACCGGCGAUUUCAUCUCGCGGAUCUCUCAACGAGAGAUCAGACGCACGAUCUCCGCCGCUCCGAAAAAAAAGCGACCGAAAGUGAACACAACAACGCGUGCUCGCAUCUCCACUUCACGUGUUACAACAUGCAAGUAUAUGACAAUUCGCACCUUCGAAACGUACUUUUCUUCUAUGUCUCUGAUCAAAAAGAGAUACGGUGUGUACGUAUGAUCAAGCUAAGAUGAAUUCGCGACGGUAAAAUCGGCGGAGAUACGGCAAUAUUAAUGGUUGAAUCGUUUUCGGUCGAUCAGUAAGGAACAAUCGCGCUUUCGUGUGCCGUACCACCCCUUUUCUUUUUCAUCUGUCUUCACCGCGAGGCUGUACAGUAGGGGGCGCGUGCGCGUGUAGCCCCCCUCGCAAAGCGAACGGAAGACUGCUUCUUGGUGACGUCGCGGCUAGAAGGCUGCAGAGGAGAACGAGAGUGCGAUCGAGAUACUUCUCCCCCACCAGUCUGGUUUCAGGACUCCCGAAUAUCUCUCCAUUAGCCCCCCUGACGGUGCUAUCCCCUCUCCUUGACCCCUCUCUCGCCCUCUUUCUCUCUCUCGCACGCACACCCCUCUCAUCGGUUCCUGUCACGUCGGGUAGCAGCCAGGCAACACCACCACACGACGAACGCCAGCGGCAGCGGAGACUCGACGGAGACGCAAAGAACGGGGUUGAAGAAUCGUACGCCGACGGAGAGACCAAUCAAGGUUUGACGAACGGCAGGGAUUGGUCGACGCGCUCCUCUGACACGCAGAGAGCGCGGGCACGUGACAAGCUACCGCACACACCGGGCCUUCUGUUGGAUCACGGCAAAGCCUCCAGUACAAUAUCAACCACCCUUCGCGCAUGCAACAGAAACGGGAACCCGCGCGAUACUUUUUACCCUCUCGUCGUGGUGAUAUGAGCACGAGCCUCGAUAGUGGCCGGGCCUCUGCCAUCGUCGCGAUUACAAGAAGUUAAAUGCAACUGUUUAAAGUGCAACAACACACCUGUGACAUCGAUGAAAAAACGCCGAUUAAUCAUCGCCGUGAAUAAUUUUUAAAUAGAACCCCGCAUGUGUUACCUCACAUAUUAUUUCAUUGAGGAGGGAUUUUACAAGGUCAUCUUCAAUGGGGCACCUCGAUAAGCUGCUCGUUACGCGCUACUGCACGGUGGGUCCACAAGUUCUCUGUAGGUAAUCGUGGUCUCGUGAGGUCGUAAAGAAGCAGAAGACAGUUUUAUAGCCCAGGCCCACGUGGCCCUCGUAAACUUGACUCGCAGGUCGGUUCGAAUUCAAACUCGACCCGCCUGCCGCCACUCAUCUGCCUCUCUCUCUAUUAGUCCUAAACCCCUCGUUCAUUAUCGAAUCGCUUAGGGACGUGUUUCUCGGCGUGUAACAGGUCGUGAUAGCUGUGAAUCGUUUGGCGAACAAGGUGAAGGCUUGUUGAAGCCGACCACGUGUGUCGUCGCGCGAUAUUUAUUAUUGCGAUAUCUCGCAACCAGCAUGAUAACGGAUUUUUGAAUACUUAAAUGACGGCGCACGUCAUUCAAGUAUCGUCUCGGUCGAUCGAACACAGUGUUUUCGCGAAUGACGUAGAGGUGCUAAGUCGAUAUAGUGACGUUGACAAUAAGUGAACGCGGUUACGGUGAAGAAUGAGUUCCUAUCAAUUCGUCAACUCGCUCGCAUCAUGCUAUGCGGGUCAACAGCAACAGCAGCAACCGAGACCAACCGCGAAUUCGCCUGGAGAACCAAUGCAGGCGGCAUCGCCGGCCGGUGGAGACUAUUACAAUCCGAAUGCGGCGUCCACAAGCUAUCCCGCACCGUGCUACUCGCCCCAACAACAUUAUCCGCAACACCCUUACGCUACUCCGGCAUCCGGUAUGCAACAUACGGCGCCAACAGGAAUGAUAGACUAUACUCAACUGCAACCGCAACCACGAUUAAACGCGACCGCGACGUCGCAGCAACACGGUAUGCACACUCAGCAGUCGCAACAUCAUCAGCAACCGCACCAUCCCCAGCAACAGCUUCACGCGGAUCCGACGACGCCUCUUCUUCAGGGCGCCUCAGCACCGUCAGCGCCGUCAACGUCCAGCUGUAAAUACGCUGAUUCGACAUCGUCUACGAGCGUGGCGUCUCCUCAAGAUUUAACCACGUCCACUUCGAGAAAUAGCCCCACGCCCUUAGUCGCGCCCGGUACAAGUAAAGCUGGAUCAGGACUGACUUCUCCACCUGGUAGCUCGUCAAGGUCGUCCGUGGCCGCGUCUGCCGCCUCACCUCCGAGUGGUAGCUCGAGAGGUGUCGGCGAAGGAAAUUCGACGCUGACAACAGCAUCUUCUGCUUCAUCGCCUGCUUCCUCCACAUCCAGCACGUCCAGCACGGGUAACAAUUCGUCCAACAAGGGGAACCCCUCCGGCUCCAAUCCCCCUCAAAUUUAUCCAUGGAUGAAGAGGGUUCACAUUGGUCAGAGUACGGUAAACGCUAACGGUGAGACGAAACGACAGAGGACCUCGUACACCAGGUACCAGACUUUGGAGCUGGAAAAGGAGUUCCACUUCAACCGUUAUCUCACGAGGCGGCGUCGUAUUGAAAUCGCGCACGCUCUCUGCCUGACGGAGCGUCAGAUAAAAAUCUGGUUCCAGAAUCGGCGUAUGAAGUGGAAGAAGGAGCACAAGAUGGCGAGCAUGAACAUCGUGCCGUACCACAUGUCGCCGUACGGACACCCUUACGGGUUCACGCCCCACCCCGGUCAGUUUGCUCACUUGGCCACAUAGGAAGAGUUCUCGCCCGCCGAGCUCGGAGCACACGCGGUCCGGUUCCCCGGGAUGUACGGCGAGCAGAACUUCUAAAAAGGCUUUUUCCGCCUUGGGCCCCCGCGCCUACGUCACGGGUCUCUGUCGUCACGUGACUUGGCCAGGGUCGAGGAGAAAACUUCACUUCCAGUAGGACACAUGACGCGUUCCGCCGAUUUGCCGCAGUGCGCCAAUGAUUGAACAAUGGAUUGUUGCCGAGGGAAACGAGAAAUCGUUCGACCCCUCUUGUAUAUGUUAAAUAACGUACUUAAAUUAUAUCGCGCAUUGUUAUGAUACUUCCGCUUGGCUAUCAGGAAGGAGAACCUCUGUCGCAGAGGCACGAAGAUAGAAACUGUUUCCUUCUCAGACUGAAAAGAAACAAUCCGUUCUCGAUCGUUUUCAGCUCGCGAAUCACGCAGCAACAGCGUCACUAUGCGGACUAUUCGAAGUUGAAGGGAAGCCAAAAUUUUCUGCAUAGCGCCGUGCACCCGACUUAAUAGACUGGACGCGCUCCGAGGGGCUCUCACACGCACGAGAUUAUAAAAUAUUAAUAUUACUGGCGAAUGAGAGACCACCUCAGCGGGUGAGAUAAAAACCGAAUCUUUAAUUUAAGCUGUAGAAAGUAGCAAACUAAGUAAAUUGAUUAAUCGAAUGACAAAUUAAUCAAUUUCUUUAUCUGGCUGCACACUGUUCCAUCUGACAAAAAAAAGAAAAAAAUUUGAAAAAUUCAAAAUCGCUAGAGGAGAUGACGUUCUCGUUGUGCGAACAUCGAAGUCUCGAGUCAAAUCGGGUUCUGAAAGUUCAUUCUCUCGACAUAAACAAAUCGAGCGUGAAAUUCGUAUUCGAACAAACUUUAUUGUAAUCGAACACCGGAAGUUUUGGACCUCAAAGACACUUUUGUUGUUUCGUAUACUACUUUACGAAAAUAAAUUACUGUACGUUAUGUAAUUGAAGAAAGUGAACAGUAGGUAAGACAAACUGUAGAAUAUAUAAACGAAGACAUUUUUAAUAAAAAAUUUUUAAAAGAAACGAGCACAUCAGUGUCUAGUUUACUUGCUUCAGUAUUGUAUAUGUUUCAUAUUUUUGUUUUAUUGAAUGUUAAAUAACGUAUGUAAAUGCAAACACAUGGACGCACUUUGAAGCCCGAACAUUCCAAUGUUUGAUUCUAUCGAAUAAACUUUGUUUCGAAACAAUGUUCAAAUACUCGAAGAAUUUCGCAUACUUAUAUCGUGGGAUAUAUUUUCGGGACUUCGUGUAUACGCUCUUGCCACGUAUGUAUUAUUUAUUAUUUUUGACAAUUUUGUUUUAUGCAUUUUUUUUUUAUCUUGUAAAUGCAUCGAAAAGCACGAAAAACAAAAUAAUAGUUUGCGGAACACUUAGUUCGCGGGGAAAGAGGGAAGAUAGAAGAUGUUUAAAAGAAAGAUGCAACACACAAUCCGUAAAUCGGACAUUUGUCGCGUGACAGCGAAACUAGUGAAGAGAACGCGUAAAUAAACGACACAUAAAAAGAACAUCUUUUUAUCGCGCAGAUAUGAAAAUAAAUACAGUCGACUGCGGACGAGAGACAAUCGCGUGUGUACGUGUUUGUUUUUGAUGAUGAGAAAAUGUCACGCAGUUUUUUGCGCGAAACUGAUUUUUUAACAAAUUACAUUUUUUAUCGAACCUGCGUAAUUUGUGUCUUUCUUUUCUCAUAAUAUAACACACAGUGGGAAUAUGAGUUGACCUUCUAAACAGAUGUUUGACCAAUUUCUUCAACAACAGAAUGUUUCGCGACAGUUAGUCGUUCGACAGACUCGAAACCGUCCGGAUCUCGUGUGAGAAAUUCUCGCGAAUCAAAUAAUGUCAAAGCAACAUGAAAUGUAACAGAUAAUAAUUUUGAAUAAAGUAUUAAAAUAAAAUAAUAAAAUAAUAAAAAAGUUAAAUUUAAAAGAUUAAAUUUAUAAUGACAUAAACAGUGUGACAUAAAUUUUUGUUUUGUAACGAUCAGUAAUCGUUCUUGCAUCGAUAUUGAGAAAUUAAUAUAUUUUGAAUGUGACCAUGUCACAAUAAUUUGUUGACAAGAGUAUGAUUUUUUAAGUUUUAAAUUCUUGAAUUUACGUCAAUCAAUUUCGACAUCAAUCGCAUAUAUUUCAUUAGCGAACGGUGGGCAGCUACGGUCCAGUAUCUUUCUUGUACAUAACUCGCAAGUAACUGUAAUUGCAAUAUAACCAAUGUCUCCUUGGAGCAGAGUCUUGUUCCUAUAAUGUCGAUACGUAGGGGAAAAAAAAAAAAUCUCGCUCAGAACUUAAAUAUUCGUUUUAUUCUCUAUACCAGCAUUUUAUCACACGAUCGAUACAGCAAGUGUAACUAUAUCGUUUUUCUCGCGCAUCGACUUACAUGGUAAUUUUAAUCCGCAUUAGAAACCUAAUUAGUUUCUCUGUAUAACCAUAGUUAAAAAUCCAAACUAUUAAAUAAAAAAAAAAAAAAAAAAGUAAAAGGAAACGUGUUUUGUGCAGUCGAAAGGAAUAAAUGGCUCCAGAUGUUUUUUGCGCGUGUGUCUGUGUAUUUUGUGUGUGUACGUAUGUGUGUGCGUGCGUCUUACCUCGAUGGUGCAAUGUAACGUUGUAUGUGCAUGUAUGGCUGAGAUUAUCUAACGCAAAUUGCAUGCACGUGCCGUCUGAUUACGCGUAUUUAUCGGCACAGGAUAUGCAUAGAGAUUGUGAGUGUGAUUGAGUGUAACAGAGAAAAAAGUGUAUUGUCCCGCAAGAGAAAUUGACUGUCGACUAGUUAAUCGGGAAGCGAGCGCAAAUGUGUAAACUAAUUAGCUAGUACUCGAGUAAUUGAUUAUCUUGUGAUACGAGAGAAGGAGCGUAGCGGAGUUGCUCUAUUAAAAUAAUAAAUGCUUAAUACAGGAAUUGUCGUAACCGCGCGAUACGCGAUGCAAAUUCGGAAGAAUACAGGGAAUUUAGUAUGUCGAGAUUUUAAGCGAUACAAAAACAAGAGAGGAAACAAUUAAAUGAAAAAAAAAAAAAAAACAGAUACCUUCUAAGUAGGUUAAUAUUGAGAAUUGUACAUAAUUAUUAAA